AUGAAGAAAGCCAGCGCGAAACGGGAGGCAGCUUUCCGCGAAAAAGCCGCCAAGACGCCUUGCGAGUUCUGGCAACAGGGCCGCUGUAACCAAGGCGAUAAUUGCCCUUACUCGCACGACGGCGAAGGGAGCAGCUUUGCCGAGCGCCUACCGUGCCGGUUCUACAAGUCGGGCUCGUGCCAACGCGGCGAUGAGUGUAUUUACAGCCACGAUCUGAAAUCAGAGCCGUGUGUCUUCUUCCACCUCAAGCAACACAAGGGAGGAUGUCAGAAGGGCGAUGAAUGCCCCUUCUCGCAUGAACCUAUGACGGACGAGCAGAAGGAGAUUCUGAAACAUGAGCAGGAG